CGUAACCCGCCUCACCGGCCCUUUUGAGUUCUUCAGCGCUGCUUCACGUUGUGUGGUGCUGAGGGAGUCUUUAUUGAUCACUGAGCUGCAUUCAGUAAAUGCAGCUUCACACUACUUUUCAAAUAACAAACGUGGAUGCUGGUCUACCAGUCCACACCAUGAGUUUAACAAAUGUCACAUCUUGGAGUCUCCUUAUGUCCCCCGGAGACGGAUCCAUUUCAAGGGGACAGAAAGGAAAGAUUAAGCUGAGAGAACUUACGAUUGUCUGUAAAGGCUGAGGCUAGAAGACGCUACCUAAUGACAGUGUGCGAAUGAUGGUUGUAUCCAUCCAGCUGUAAGGUCCCAGCUAACGCGGCGCAGCUAAAGCAGACGACGGUUCGUUUUAUACAGGUUCAGAUCUGCUAAGAAGAGAUCGUCAAUCCAGCUGCACCCUUGAGAUGAUCACUGUGCACUCCUGCCAGCGUCGCUUCAUGUUUGCAGUCAAGUGGAUUUGACAGAAUCAGCUGGUUGGUGGCUGCUGCAGUGCUGCCUCCGUGAACCUGGAUGCACUAUUUGGUGGCAAAAGGACAAAUGGAAAUUGUUCUGAAGAUGGCUGGCAUAUGUUAAAACUAUUCACUGUUUACAUUGAUUCAGUGUUUAAUAAAAUUGAAACUUAUUUUUUGUAACCAACCGUCUGAAGUUUUUCAGUCUAUCCAGAGACACAAUAUCACAUGUUCAAAAGGGAGGAUCCAUUUACAGGAUGUAGGAGCCACACAGUCAGUGCAUGGGGGGGGGGAAACAAAUUAUUGCCUUAAUUGGACUAAAACAGGAGAAUUUGAAUGCAUGUAAACACGUUACUCCAAUUAAAAUCAGUUCUCAUGAUCUGAUUAAGACACCCAGAUAAUGCGAUUGAAAUUCGAUAUUUCUCCGGCAUGUAUACAGUAACCGCAGUUUGCAAACGGAGAAUGUGUGCGCAUGCUCCCAACCAUUGUGCUGGGGUGUGACCCCAGAUAAAACGUCCAAGAAAGUCAGCCACAAAAGAGGAAAGCUAAAUGUAGCCACUACAGGAACCAUCUGGGGGAUAUUGCGCAACUCAUCUGCACCAGAAGUUUGGGUGAGAGCAGGCACUGCCACCGCCACUUCCAUGCAACAUGGCCUCUAUAAAGAUGAUUCACUCUCUCUGUGAGGCCGGAGGCGAGGGAAGCCCCUCCAACCCUGUGAAAUUCAAAGGCCAAGAUUACAAGGACCUCAGAAACACUCUGCUAGACGAGGGCAGGGAGUUUGUGGAUGAAACUUUCCCGGCAAACCUGCAAUCUCUGGGAGAGCUGGAGGAAACCACGGCUGAGGAGCUCAAAGAGGUGGAGUGGCUUCGACCACGCGAGAUAAGCCGCCGUGCCUCUUUUGUUGUGGACGGGACUUCAAGGUUCGACUUCAAACAAGGAGAUGUUGGCAAUUGCUGGUUCCUCUCAGCUAUUGGAGCGCUGACCCUCCAUAAGUCAUUGAUGAUGCAAGUGGUGCCUCUGGAUCAAAGCUUCAAGGAUGACUACGCUGGAAUAUUCCAUUUCAGGUUCUGGAGAUUUGGAAAAUGGGUGGAUGUUGUCAUCGAUGACUUGCUGCCGAUACGCGGAAAGAGACUGGUGUCAGUUUCCACCAAUUCUCAGAAAGAGUUCUGGGCUCCUCUGCUGGAGAAAGCCUACGCCAAGAUUUGCGGAUCCUAUGCAGACAUGAUCGCCGGCAACCCACCGGAGGCCUUGAAGGACUUCAGUGGGGGUGUUCACAUGAGCUACGUCCUGUCCAAAAGUAAACCGGACCUGUGGGAUGUCAUGGACAGGGCCAUCCAGUGCCAAACUAUGAUGGGAUGCGGGACUUUUGGAGGAAAAAAAGGAAAGGAAAUAUUCAGUGAGUUUGGUCUGGUGGACGGUCACGCCUUCGCCGUCACAGGAGCCCAGCAGGUCGAGAGUGACGGGAACAAGGUGAACCUGGUGAGAAUCUGGAACCCCUGGGGUGAGGGAGAGUGGAAUGGAGCCUGGAAUGACAAGUCGGAGCUGUGGCGCACUGUGAGAAGGGACGUGCGGAGGGAGUGUCUCAGAGUGUGCAAUGAUGGAGAAUUCUGGAUGACGAUGGAGGACUUUUGUGACUAUUUCGAGGAGCUGGACAUUUGCUGCGACAGCCCCAACUUUGUGGACGAUGACGCCGAGUGUCUCUGGGACUGCUCUCUGAAAGAAGGCCGCUGGGAGGUCGGAGAAUCCGCCGGGGGCUGCGACAAUAAAAAUGAGGAGUUUUGGACCAAUCCACAGUAUCGCCUCACAAUAAAAGGAAAGAAGGGACACAAGAACGUGUUAUUGUCUCUGAUGCAGAAACCCGAUGAAAAGUACCGCAGCAAAGUUGAAUAUCAUUAUAUCGGCUUCACCAUCUAUAAGCUGCCGCCGAAGACCCCCAAAGGGCAUCUUCCGUAUUCGGCCUCGGAGAACAUCCAACUGAUAAAACGUAGCGUGUUCUCCUCGACGAGAGAACUGAUUGAGUUACACAGUUUGGAGGCCGGGGAGUAUUUGAUCGUUCCCUGCACCUAUGACCCCGACAAGACCGCGAGCUUCCUCCUGACCAUCUACUCCAAGGCCGAGGCCGAGGCGCAGGUGGACGGGGGACACUUGAGGCCGAGCAGACAAAAAGCAGCUCGUACACAGUAAAAAUCAGCAUACCCAAAUUAACACUGUAAGAGUUGAUCUUAACUCAAGUGUCUAUAUGGGUCCACACCUCAGAGUGUUAAUUUAACACUUUUUCGAGUGUUGGUACCUUUACACCAAGUUA